AUGGAUGUACUUUUUAGAAGUGUAGUGUUUAGCAAGUCUAUACUACCAAGUGUAUUCGUGUGGACUGGUGAGCUGAACAGGAAAGAGUGUGGAGGAUCAGUUAGACCAGGUGAUGUUGGUAGCCUUUAUCAAUGUAUCAAGUAUCACAACACAGGUAGAUUCAUCAAGUUGUUCAAACUGAUGUACAUCAACAAUGAAGAUGGCAAACAGAUGUUGCUCAACUCAAUCACAUCACUCCUAGCCAGUCUAUCCAAAGAUGAUAUCCAAUUAUCAUCAAGAGAUAAGAUCAUCGAGGAUCACUUUAGAACUGAUAAAGUUCUUACAAAUAUCCAAGAACUAAUUGGAAUGAUGAUGCUAAAGGACAAUAGAUAUCUGAUCAAGUUUAUGUUGGAACAAUUGGAGACGAUACUGAGAGCGAAUGGGGUGACAAUGUCCUCCUUUGGACAACUGAUGUACUCACUGUUGACGACUGUAUCCAAGAUCGACAAUACAACUGAACAGCACAAUAAGCUAUCUCCAAAGAUGAUCGACCUGUUGUGCGGUGUAUUGCCAUAUACAGCAAUGACACCAGGCCUCCUCUACGACAUGGUGUUGUCAGUACUCCAACAACAACCAAUGGCAUUAGACUAUACAUUGUUCAACAAGGUUAUAGGCACAUAUAAUAAGACAACGACAUUUGCCAGCACGAAUGGAUCUCAACCACAACAUGUGACACUACUACAGAUCAUAUUGUGCACGAACAAGGUGAUCAACCUACACGAGCACAUAUUCGAGCAUGCAUCAGAUGAACAGCUCAGAUCAAUAAUGGCCAAAUACUUUGAUAUCGCAAAGCAAACAGUGUUGAUGACCAAGAUGUACAACCUGGCACUCAAACAUGAUCGACUAGACGCCAUUGACAAAGUUCUAUCAGAUGCACAGCCUGAUCCAACGUACUUUGUGAUGUAUGCCAAUGAGAAGUUCAUCAGGGAUAUCAUCUACAGAGCACAGAACAGCUACGUGCAAAACCUCAACCUUGACUCCACUGGCGCGCCGUCUCCCAGACUUCCGAGCCUGGUGAGUCUGAUGGCCAAAGGUAGAAUAUCCCAAUAUCUUGGCGAGGACUUUGCCAUCAAUAAUCUCCGCGUGACGCCUGCCCAGCUACCCAUAUGCUUCACAUACAAUGAGGUGGCCAACACAAUCCGCCUGGCAUCGACCAGUGGCAAGUUGGCCAUUUUCCGGAAAUACCAGACGUUCCUCAAGUGCUACGUCAGCAAAACACAGGUCGUUCACAAGGCCAACUAUCAAGAACUGUUCACAUCAUUGCUGAACAAUGCACUGAGGGAUGGACACAUCGUAUUGGCCACCUUCAUCCUCGAGGAGUUGAUGCAAUGGCUCCCCAUCUCAGACUAUCAAGCAAUGGUGGAGCACCUGCCCAUGGUCGGCAAUCAAUAUCUCGACGUCUGCAAUCUGUUGGCGUGCUACUCCUUUACGGUCAAAUGCAUGUUCCAACAUGUCUACAGUGAGGCAAUCAAAGCCAAUCGCAUGGACAUCAUUUUGUACAUUGAGGAGCAACUCAUGGUGGAGAGGGCCUUUGGCAAUGUAGACCCCGAUCACCAAUCGUCCUUCCGUUAUGUGGACGUGGGCACGAGCACCUUGUCAACGGUGCUCAAACAUCAUCACUAUGGACCCUUCCUCCAAGUGUUCAUUAGCAAUCGUGGAGAGGACCAUGUGUACCUACUCGACCCUGAUGUUCUGUGUGUGGCCCCGGUCGAUGCCAUCCAUGAGCUUAUCAUACUUAUCAUCCCUGGAAUGCUCAUAUUGAAUGCAUCGGGUGCCAUUCAUACGCCGCCCGCCCUCGACAAAGGAGGACGCCUGCUGAUGGACAACAUUAGACUGCUCAUCAACUCUGAUCACGCAGCAUUUGAUCAGAUGCAAUGUCCUCUCUUCUUCAUGGCCGCCUGCCAGAGCGGUGACUACGACCUCGCCAAGCGACUGUACAGCAGGGACUAUGACAUCAAUGCAGGAGUCAAACUGGCCUGCACCAACGGACACCUAGAGACGGUGCAGACUCUGCUUCCGCUCUGUGCCCGCCCCAUCGAGCCGGCAGACUACAAUGCAUGGCUCAUCAGCGCAAUCAAAGGCAAUCACUAUGUAUUGCUUGGAUACCUCCUAGAUGUGGCCGGUCGGAAUGGUAUACCAUUGGACCAGCCAGAGGACUGGCAACUGCUGUUGUCGCCUGGCUGGGGUCAACGUCUCUCUGAAAAUUGUAUCCAGAAAAUAUGGGACCAUAUCUCUGAUCACGUUGUAAAGAACCAGGAGGCACUGUGGACACUGCUAAGGGAUGCGCCAAUGAACAUCCAUCUCUACAAAGCAGUGAUUAAAUCAAUCCAAGACCAUCGACUCGUUACAACAACGGAUGUUCAGGGUCUAUUCAUCCAGGUGCCAUUCUUCAAGUUGGAGACGGCAUUGAUCAACAAGAAUUACUCAAUGUUCAAGGAUGUCAUCGCUCUGUUGUUUGGCCAGAGCAAUCCCAGUCACUACCAACGCGUUAUCCAGCCUCAUAGUUCAGACCAAAGAGCCAAACUCUACAAUAUUUCAUUGAAGGCUGGUUGUUACACAUCGGAAUUAUUCCAAGGUCAUUCAUUGAUCGAUUGA